ACACAAACAAUGGCGCUGUUGUCUGCCGUGACUAGCAAAGUCUCUGACGAUCGAUUUAUUUCCAGUUUUCUGUGGAGGCUUUUGGAGUAGCAUCGCGAUUGUUGUUCUCUAGAAUUGUUAGUGUCACUUUAAUGAAAAUGUGAGGGACUCUGCUCUGAAUACAUUGUUUUGAUCCAUUUAAUUUGGAAAAAGGAGAGUAAAAGAUGAAAACCGUGGAAGUACACCCUGCUCAUGAAAAUUAUCACUUGCUCACAACAGGGGCUGUAGCAGGGAUCUGUAUUGGCUCUAUUGUUUUUCUUAUUGGAAUCAGCAUCAUUGGAUACCGAUGCUAUCAAAGGAGAAGGGCAAGGGAUGUACAAUACAGGCUAUCACAUGCCAUCAAGAAAGGUCUUAAAGAACCCACACCAGGACGGAGAAGCAGUUCCUCCGUCAAAAGCACACCACUGAAGCAACAUAGAGCGACCAGUCCCAUUAUACCACCACAAGACAGCAUAAUAGAUCGCUCGUCAGACCAAGGCUACAACAUUCCAUCAGAAAGAGGACAGAGCUCUUCGUUUCCUGAUCAAGCUUUUUGUGAAAAUGAAAAAGAGUCGGUGACUACACCAAGUGAGAAGGACGUGAGUCUGAGGGAGAGACAGAUAGACGAGAAACAGAGACUGGGUAUGUUAUAUUUCUCUGUGGAGUAUGAUGAGCACAAUACAGCACUUCUUGUCACCAUUGUUCGCGCCAGUGAUUUGCCUCCAAGGGAUCCUAGUUUAGGUGGAUGCGAUCCAUACAUUAAACUACAGCUUCUUCCAGACAAGAAACACAAGUGCAAAACCAGAGUUCUGCGUAAAACCCUGCAUCCUGUAUAUGAUGAGACUUUUACAUUUUAUGGCAUCGGCAAAAAUCAAAUCCCUGGAAUAACCCUUCACUUUGCUAUUUUGAGUUUUGAUCGCUUCUCCCGAGAUGAAAUCAUUGGAGAGGUUGUGUACCCGUUGACAGAUGUCAGUACGGAACAAAAAGAGCUUCUCCUUUUUAAGGAAAUCAACCCUCGGCACUUGAAGUUCAAAGCUCAGGGUCGGGGAGAGUUGCUUAUUUCACUCUGCUACCAGCCAGCGGCCAACCGACUGACAGUGGUGGUGCUUAAGGCAAGGAAUCUGCCCAAAAUGGACAUCACGGGACUCUCAGAUCCAAUAGUAAAGAUAUAUCUUCUGUACAAUAAUCAGAGAAUUGCCAAAAAGAAAACUCACGUCAAAAAACGAACGUUGAAUCCGGUUUUCAACGAGUCCUUUUUGUUCGACAUUCCCUAUAAUGAGGGGUUACAGAACAUUAGUAUGGAGUUUCUGGUGAUGGACUGGGAUAGAAUGACUAAGAACGAAGUGAUUGGUCGGCUUGAAGUCGGGGGGAGGAGCUCGGGCCAGGAACUACAUCACUGGAACGAAGUCAUGAACUGUCCAAGGAAGCAGAUCGCCGAAUGGCAUAAAUUAAGAGAGUGAAAUUAAAAUAUACAGAUUCUUGCAAAAAGACCAAAGAUAUUCGCUGUCUAAAAUUGUUAUUAUCUUUGUCCUCAGAGGUAUGGAUGGGAUAUAUGUUUUCAUUUGAAUUUCAUUUUAUAUUGGGAUGAAAACCCAAGCGCAAAUGAUCUUUAGUAUUCGCCUAAAUGCUUAUCAGAAAAUUGGUUACAAUAUAUUUAAUUUUAUACCUUAAUUAACUGCUUUAUAGAAGUUAUUUUCACAAAAAAGCGAAAUAUAGAUUUGAUACAGCAGUUGAAUACAUAAUUGUUUUUAUUGUCUAAACAUAUUUGUACAUGUAUAUAAUAAAUAAAUCUUUUUCCUC